AUGGAUGUGCACAUACACCCAGGACUCCAGCUGCAGCUAGCAGCAACCCUGCAGCAGCAGCAGCAGCAGCAGCAGCAGCAGCAGCAACAGAAGCAGCAGAAGUUGUGGCCGAUGGCGAAACAGGAGCAGCUGCAGCAGCAGCAGCAGCUGCUGCAGCAGCAGCAGCAGCAGCACCAGCAAGAGGCUCCAGCUGACGCCUUCAUGUUUGUGGUGUACAUACACUGCGUUAAGGGCCUCAGGCGAGAAGCAGAUGCAGCAGCAGCAACAGCAGCAGCAGCAGCAGCAGCAGGACCCCGUGUUGCAGUUGAAUGGACUGCUCAGUCUGGAAGGGACGAAUGUGCCGCUGCUGCUGGGGUGUACGGACCUAAGGACCUUCGGGCUCUCCGAGAGAUUCAGAAGACAAAAAGUGUAUUUAGAGAGGACCGAUAUCUCCCCGAGCAGCUGCUUGAGCGGCAGCAGCAGCAGCAGCAGCAAACUGCAGCAGCAGCAGCAGCACGUAGCAUACGUCUUCGUUGCUUCGCAGCGUCGCUGGCUGCAGCACCAACUAAGCAGCAGCAGCAGCAGCAGCAGCAGCAGCAGGCUGCGGCAGCAGCAGCUGCACUUCACUGA